UCAAGCAUUUCCAGUCAACAAAGCAUACUGGUUUCUCAUAUAGCGAGUGGCACGCAUAAACAUACAGAUACAUUGAGCGGCGAGAGUAUAAUCUGGAAAUGGCAAGCCCAAGAGUGUUAGGGACUGCUUUCCUGGUCUUGCUUAUUUUAGACCUCACCUUUGCUGCUAGGACACUGCAGUCAAUCAGUGGAGGUGGAGGUGGAGGGCAGGGAGGAGGUGGUGGUGGUGGUUCUGGAUCAGGACUCGGGUCAGGUUAUGGUUCUGGGUCUGGAUAUGGGAGCGGUGAAGGAUAUGGUGCUGGUGGUCAUGGAGGAGGUGGAGGCAGAGGCGGAGGCGGGGGCGGGGGCGGUGCUGCAGCAACACAACAAAUGCUGGACAUGUUUGAUAUAACAGGAAUAGUCCAUUUUGGCAUUGCUGGAAACGUAAACAAUUCCAUGUCCAUUGGAGAUGUUACGAUCCCGGAACAGUUUGCUCACACUGGCAUUUGGGAUUGGCUGAAUCCUAAAGGACCAUUGCCCACCAAUGAUAUUGCUGAAUUGGACUUUGGAAGCUACAACGUACCAAAAGGAGAUGGGAUGAAUCUGUUGGGAAAGAUUGGAUAUAGUUAUGAGCAGUUCUUUUCUGAGUCAGGGAAGCCUAAUACUGCCAUACCAUUAUUUUGGGCACAAAUAAGCGAACAAUGGCUUCAGCUUGCCGCUGGCUUGGAGGGGAUGGAACUGGAAAGGUGUGUGAAUUCAAGUGUGUGCCUUGCUCGAAAGCCUAAGCUAGUCGUUGGCCUCAGGGGUUCAACAGCCAAUAUUUUUGUGGACAACGCAGCUUACAGGGAUUUCCUUUAUCAAACUUAUGCUGUUUCAUCAGUGGAUAUGGAGAGUUUUGCUGUAGUUAUGACAAGCUUGUCAAACGGGCAUCCUGUGAUUGUCAUCAGAGGGCUAUCAGAUUUAGCUGGAGGACAGACCGGACAGAAUGCAAUCCAGACAUUUGGAGCCUUAGCAGCUCGCAAUGCUGCCCAAGCUGUUGUCAAAUUUAUCGGAUGUCUGUCUUAAUACUAAUCAUCAACUAGCUUUCUCAUAUAAUGUGUUACAACACUGCAAAUUCUUCCACAAAGAACAUAUCUUAUACCCACCAUUAAAACCAACAAUCAGUUUAUUUUAUUGCCAGUUGGGAGUGACUUGCGUGAUAUAUUUGUCCAUAGCAGCUUAAGUACAAUCUUAUGAAUAA